UUUCCUUUUUCAAGUGAUAUGAUAAUCACUAAUUAUUUGACUAUUUCCAUUUGAUUCCAGCUUUGCUUGUUGCACAGUGCAACUGCAACCUUUUUUUUCAAGCAUGUGAUCUGCAAUCUCUGAGCUCUUCGUACCUCUUCUCUCAGUGAGAUUUUCAGCCAAUACUUUCAACCAGACUUUCACUUAUUCGCCAAAAUUUGGGUUUGAAUUUGAUAGGAAAAGAUAGUUUCUUGGAGGUGUGAGAAAUAUUCUGGUAAUAUUUUGUGGUGUUUGGCCCUAGCUGAUUUUGUCCCCUGAAUACUAAUUCUUUUUGGGGGAUUUUAAUAAGAGGAAAACUCGACUAUUGGAGAUUUGGGUUUCUUGAAGAGAGAUUAAAAAAGUGAUCUUUGACUUAUUUUCUGAGAUGGGUAUGGUUUGUUUGAGGUGAUUCUGUGGGAUUUGGAUGAUUAUUUGAGUGGUGUUCAAAGAGGAGGUGGGAAGUUGGGAAAUCUUGGAAGCUUUUGAUGAUUUUUGCUUGGGUGGAAGAUGGGGUUAGCUGAUGAUGGCUUAAAGGUUGAAUCUUGGGGUGUUGAUAAAUCUAAGGGGAGGAAGAAGAGAGAUGAUGAUGCUGCGGAGGAGACUGGUUGUUGGAUUAAAUUGAGGUUUAUUGGUAGCUGUAUUUCUUCAAGAUCUAAAGUUGAUAACUCUCUUAGUGGCAUCACCCCUCAUGAAAGUAAAUCUACAAACGGGACAAGUAAAGAUCAGCCGGUUGCCCCGGUAGUCCCAUCCACCACAACUAGCAAUGCUGAAAGCAAUUCUUCCAGCAGCAAACUCGAAGAAGAACUCAAAGUUUCUUCUCGGCUGCGCAAGUUCACGUUUAUAGACCUCAAGUUGGCAACUAGGAAUUUCAGACCAGAAUCUCUCCUUGGCGAGGGGGGUUUUGGUUGUGUAUUCAAGGGGUGGAUCGAAGAGAAUGGCACAGCUCCUGUUAAACCUGGGACGGGACUCACAGUCGCCGUCAAAACCCUUAAUCAUGAUGGACUUCAGGGUCAUAAAGAAUGGCUGGCUGAAGUGAACUUUUUAGGUGAUCUCGUUCAUCCUAAUUUGGUUAAAUUAAUAGGCUACUGUAUCGAAGAUGACCAGAGGCUGCUCGUCUAUGAGUUCAUGCCCAGAGGAAGCUUGGAGAACCACCUUUUCAGAAGGUCGUUGCCACUUCCGUGGUCGAUCAGGAUGAAAAUAGCUCUAGGGGCUGCUAAAGGGCUCGCGUUUCUCCAUGAGGAGGCAGAAAGACCAGUGAUAUAUCGUGAUUUCAAGACAUCUAACAUCUUGCUUGAUGCUGAAUACAACUCCAAACUCUCCGAUUUCGGACUUGCUAAAGAUGCCCCCGAUGAAGGAAAAACUCACGUGUCUACACGAGUGAUGGGAACAUACGGUUAUGCAGCCCCCGAAUACGUCAUGACUGGACAUCUUACAUCAAAAAGUGACGUAUACAGCUUUGGCGUCGUCCUACUCGAAGUGGUCACGGGCCGGAGAUCAAUGGACAAGAACCGUCCGAACGGGGAGCACAACCUCGUGGAAUGGGCCCGUCCCCAUCUAGGCGACCGGAAACGCUUUUACCGUUUGAUAGAUCCUCGCCUCGAAGGCCAUUUCUCCAUCAAAGGCGCUCAAAAGGCUGCCCAGUUGGCGGCCCGUUGCCUUAGCCGUGACCCCAAAGCCCGGCCCUUGAUGAGUGAGGUGGUCGAAGCCCUAAAGCCCCUCCCAAACCUCAAGGACAUGGCGAGCUCGUCGUACUACUUCCAGACGAUGCAGGCCGACCGGGUCAGCGCCAACGCCAAUGGGAAGAACAACGGGCUGAGAACGCAGGGAUCGUUCUCGAGAAACGGGCAGCUGCAGCAGCACCCGAGAAGCCUCUCGAUACCAAACGGGUCCCAUGCCUCACCUUACCACCAGUAUGCUCAUAACUCACCGAAACCAAACGGUAAACCAUAGCUAGUUUGUGUUGUUGAAGGUGAAAAAAAAGGAAUUCGUGUUGUGGUAAGGGUAAAAACGAGAUAUUUAGUGUUGUAGAUAGUCUCUUGUAAGUGGGGGCUUCGAUCAUAAUUUGCCCUAAUCUUUCCAACGCUCCCACAUGUUUCUGAUUGAUUUUCUAAUUCAUUUUUCCAUUGAGUUGGGA